AUGGUUUGCAGACUUAAGGGAGAUACCGAGCGCCACAUUGAGCGACAGGUUCAGGAGUCGGUUGCAACUGAGGCCGGAGCUGAGACUCAGACUGAGCGACAUUCGACCGCAGAGACCACUGAGGCACCACCUGAGACUGACGCUGAGGGCGAGAAGAUAGACGGUGUAACUAUCACGAAAAACGAGGCCCGCUCCGAGACUGAGUCCCACAAAUCCUACCAAGCAACCAUCGAGGACGACUUCGAAGACCUAGGUACUGAGACCGCUUCCACUAUCUCUGGGACCUACACGCCUCCCACUACCACCGAGGCUCCGGUUGAACAGUAG